CACCGAGGUGCAGGUAAGGACGAAAACUCAAAGAGAAAAGAUAGCGGAAUGGCAGGGAGACCCACUCCCCUUCUUUUCUUUCCUCUUUAAAUUUUUUCAGUAACAAAGAGAAAUCAAGGGUGUCGCUUUUCGAUUGCCGAACACAAACACACACACACUCUCUCUCCUCUGUUCUUCGAUUCACAUGGGCGACGAGCACAUGUAAUACGACGCGGUUUCGUUUGUUGGCUUCUCUCCUCUCUUCCAUCCUCUUCUUCUGCUGCUGCCACUGGCAACAGUGGGAGUGAGACGACGUCUUUUGUUGGAAUGCCUAAAGGCAGCUCCGGUCGCGCUUCUGCGAGAAGCCCGAGCGAGAAGCAUCGGGGAACGGCGGAGAAGGAAUAGGAAAGGGCCCGUCUUUCCUUGUAACAGCGAAGGAAGAAGAGGAAAGAUAUCGCCUUUCCUUUCGUCUAGUGUUUAAUCUCCUGUUCCUGCCCACCGUUUUGAAAUAAAACAAGAAGGAAGAACAACCAAGAAAGAAGAGGCAAAGAGCUUCUCCCUUCUGAAUCUUCCCUUCCUCCGUCUUCCCUGUCGAUUUAGAAGGAAAAGAUCUCUUCUUUUUUUCAUCGCUUUUCCUCUGUUCUGGCUCUCUCGGUCGUCGGUGUUGUCGAAGUUAGGCGAGAUAAGGGUCCAAGACGGUUCCUUCCUAAUACCUGGAACUCGUGUGACCUCUCUGUCGGAUGGUUGCAGAUUUGGGGGAGCUUUGGAUCGGAGAUUCAUGACAUGAGAUGAAAGGGAAGGGAAGAAGUUCAUCGCAUGCGGAUUACAAUUGAGGGUACCCCAUUGGAAUGCGGCAAUGGGCCAGAUAUAUAUGGACGAUCAAGAUGUGCUUCAAGAUGAAAAAGCUGUACCUGUUAACUCAAAUAAUGAUAUUGGACUCAAAGAAAAUCGUUCAGAUACUGCAGCAUCAGAACAUACGGAGUUUGAGAAGGUGGCCGGUAAGCAUUCUUUAAUUCUUGAUGUAAAAAGGCCAGAUAAUAGUCAAAGAUGCAGCCAAAAUACGCGUCCAUGCAGCGACGAACCGACCAUUCUAGAUCAUAUCAGUUUUUCUAGUCUUGGUAAGGACCUUGCCCAAUAUUGUGGCGUCACCGAGUAUGAAGCCUCUGAUUCACCAAAUAUUUUCCAUAGAACAGCAUCCUUUUUCAAGAUCCCUGUUAACCUGAGGUCCAUAGAGUUUUUCAUGAAAAGCUUAAAACGCCAUAGAAGGAUAAAAAGUACAAAUUAUACGGUAGAAUGCACAUUAGAAGCUGGGACAGGAAAUCUAAUCCUUAAUCCUUUGGGGCAAUGGGUAUUUGAUUCAAUGGAGAGGACUGCCGAGACAGGGUCCCUAAUGAAAAGCUCACUUGUUUCCCAUUUGGUGGGUGCUACUGUUUGUAGCACAAGCUCAGGCAGAGCAAUUUCAUUCAAUCUCGCACAGACCAAUUCCUCAGAGUUGACUAGCUCUCCUUCUGGUCUCUGUAGAAAUUUAGCUGAAGAGCCUGAAACCAAUAUAAUACACCUUGAAAAAUGGAACUCUGAGUUCAAAAAUUCUGAUAAAAUGCUUGUUUCUUGCUCACAUACAAAGCCGACAUGUUCCAACGAGUGUACUUCAGCUGACAAGUGUUUUGGUUCCAAAGCACAACUUCAAUGUAAAUGGAAGAAUGGGACUCCUCAUUUUGUAUUCACAGUGGGUGAUGAUUGCUGCGAGAUAUAUGUGGCCGAUCCUCAUAAGAUAAAAUCUUCUGUUGGCGAGGCCUUGGAUUACAUCUACUUGUUUCAUUCAAUGGCAGGUAGCAAAACUGAAUUCAGAAAUUGUGGGGCUAAUGCAUCAGAUUUUAUUGGUAAGAUGAAAGUAUCAAGCUCUCUAAUUAUUAAUGCAAAUCGCUCUAAAAUCAUGGAGACAAAGUUUGUUUUGUUUGCUGCCAACAGCGACCAUUCUAGAGAAAUGCAAAAUUCAACUUCUGUUCUCAUGAAGAACAAGGGGUUGUCUAAGAAGGCAGGAGGCAUAUUUAGACCAAGCCAUUCACCCAAACAUAAAUCUACUUGCAAAACUAAUGAAAAAAUCAGGCCUCAGUUUGAGAGCUUUUCAGGGGAACUAUGUCUUAACAAAGUCAGCAAUUAUAACCCAUCAGAUCUGGUCAAUCGCCUCGAAAGUAACUGCACACCUAAUCUUGAGUUGGCUGCAAUUAUCAUAAAAGAUUAUCAGCAUGAUAGCAGUAUAGAGACUGCAAUUGGUGGGUGGGGCCUUAAAUUUCUUGAGAAGACUACAGUUAGUCAUGCUGAUUCAUCUCUGGAGCCCUCACUUUCAUCUGAAAGCAGUGAAGAAAACCAUGGCAGGAAUGGAGGGGAACCUGCAAAACGUUUGAAUGUUCUAGUCCCAGCGGGUUUCCAUGGUGGUCCGAUCACCAGAAUUGGUGGUCCAUCUAGUCUUAUUGAAAGAUGGAGAUCAGGCGGGCUGUGUGAUUGUGGUGGGUGGGAUAUUGGCUGCCCUCUCACAGUACUUAACAACAACAACAACAACUCCAUCCAUUUGAACUCUUUGCCCCUGGAGGAGCAACGCGAGGACUGCAAGUCAGUCAAUCUAUUCAUAGAGGGCACAAGACAUAGAAAACCAGUUUUGAAGAUGGUGGAUAUGAACGAUGGCCGGUACUUUGUCUAUUUCCAGUCUAGUCUUUUGGCUUUGCAGUCUUUCUCCAUUGCAUUGUCAAUCAUCCACUCUCAGAUACCUGCUCUCUAUCAACAACUGUAAACAUCAUCUUGGCUGAGGUUUAUCCAUAUUUGCCCAUCUAAUCUUUUGGUUUAGCUGUUACUAUACUAAAUGAAGAAAAUCUACAAUACCUAUACUUCAAUAUACAUGCAUACUAUUCUUCAUUCUUCUUUUUCUUUUCUUUUCUUUUCUUUUUCUUUUUUUAAAUAGCGGUUGCUAUAUAUUUGAUAUAUACAGGGAUUAAUCUGUUGUCCCUUGCUUGGAUGUCUCGUACAAAUUUUUUCAUCUUAUUUAGUAAAUAGAGACAGGCUCAUCUGCAUACA